ACCCGGAACCACAUAACGUGCCAAAAUAAAAAUAAAAAACAGGAGGGCUUAAGUUAGUAGCAGCACGCACGCAAACUGCAUUCACUCAGGAAUCAAAAAUCCAACUCUGCACCCAAAGCACCGAAACAAAGAAUUGAAUUUGAUUUCAAUUCCACAAAUUUUCGAGAAAGCAAUUCAAUUUCGAAAUAAAAAUGCAGAAUCCCGAUGACAUCCGAAAUCUUCCAAUCGACAUCUCAUUUUCUCGUCUCGGAGAAUGGCUUGUUGAUCGAAAACGAAUCCCUGCCGAUUGGAGAAAACGAAUGGCAUCAAUAAGAGCUCGGAUUUCAAAAGAAUUCGCUUCGCUCCCCAAAGAAAUCGAUCCCUAUUUCCAAACCCUAGACCCUGAAGGGAUAGGGUACUUAGAGGCUAAAAAUAUUUAUGAAAUUCUUAUGAAAUCGAAUCCAGAAAGCCGUAACAUUUUUGGCCGGCUAUCAGGUGCUGCUGGUGCUUGGGAGGCAAUUGUGCGUUCUUUCGAGAAAGAUUAUGUUUACCUUGGUGAAGCCGCGCAAAUAAUCAUCCAAAAUGUGAAUUAUGAAAUUCCGUAUCAGAAAAAGCAGGUGCAAAAGAUCCAGCAACUACUAGCGGAGCUAGAGCGCAAGGAAACUGAUAUAAAAAGAAGUGCAGCUCUUUCUGCGACUAAAUAUGUUGAGUCUUGUCAAGAGCUUGGAUUGCAAGGAAACAAUGUGAGGGUUGAGCUUUUAGAGACUGCAAAAUCACUUCCAAGCACAUUUAGCAAAAUUCUGGAAGUUAUAAACAGUGAUAUCAUGUCACAGGCAAUAGAGUACUAUUCCAACUUCGUCAAAGAUGUUCAUACAGAAAAGGAUAAAUCUUUGAGGUCAGUGUUGUUGAACUUGAAAGAUAUUCGUGAGAAUUCUCCUUCUCUGGAUGUUUGUGCUGACCCCGUGGUCCUUGAUUCUUCAAAUAUUCAAUUGGAUUUGGAUGAAUCAAACCAUGAGAUAGGGGACAUGGAUGUUUCUGCCAAUAAUAUUGACUGGGAUAUUUCUGUUGAUGGUGCUGAUAUUGACUGGGAUAUUGGCACUGUAGAAGAAACAGAUGAUGGUGGUAAUGGCUUAGGUCCUUAUGAAAUCGUAAAUGCCAGUGACAUCUCGCAGAACUCUUCACAAAAUGAAGCUGUAGAAUCUGGUGAGGCUCCAUUGAAAAAAGAGGAAGAAAAUGUUCAUACUGAGAUUUCUGUAUCAGAAAUUUGUUGGGAUAUUAGCGUUGAAACACCUCAAGUUGAUGCAAUCAAUGACACUAAUUUGGUAAACAUGGGUUUGGAAAAUCAGACAUAUGUUCUAGAUACUAUAACUCACACCCCGGGAAUAAAGGAAGGCAGGAGCCAGCUUUUGGAUACAGAAUAUCGGAAUAAAAUUCUCGAUGAUUUAUAUGAGAUAAAAGCAUUUUUGAGUCAAAGAUUGGCAGAGUUGAGUAAUGAAGAGACCAUGUCUUUGCAACAUCAAGUCCAGUCGGUUGCUCCCUUGGUGCUGCAGCAGUAUACACCUGAUGCUAUUCAUACAAUGUCAUCUGAUGUUUCUUUGGCCAUUUCUUUACUGACAAAUGGGAAAACAAGAGACUUGAUUAUGCUUCUUAACUCUAAAAGAUAUCUGGACAGACUAGUGAGUACAUUGGAAGCAAAGAAGCAUCAUGAGUUGAAAUUAAAAGAAGGGUUAAAAGAUGUGGCUGCUAAACGCAUGGAGCUUCACAAUUCUAUAUCUUCUUCAUGGCCAAAGCAGGAAGCAGCUCUUGCUAAAACCAGGGAGCUGAAGAAACUUUGCGAGAAGACACUCUCGUCCAUGUUUGAUGGAAGACCUGUUAAUAUAAUCGGAGAGAUCAAUGCCUUAUUGAGCAGUGGAAUUGGUGCGUAAACACUUGAGACUUCUGUCUCAUGCUGUAAACUUUAGGCUCAAAGAAUCUUCUUUACAGCUCGAAAAAAAUGAAGAAAUGUUGGAAAAGCUAGUCCAUCGUUCUCAACAGACGAGGGAAAAAAAAAAGACUAAUUACUUUGAACUAGCUGUAAGAAAUAAUUGGUGGGGGAAUUCUUAUAAAUUAUUUUUCACCUGGCUCCUUUUUUUUUAAACAAUGCUAAUGAUAUUAAUAUUUUAUUGCUAA